AUGAAAAAAAUAUUGAGAUCAAGCUCGGUUUGCUUUCGGGUGGCUAGAAAUUUUACCUUUUUUGUUUUUCAACUUGUGUUCUUAUAUUUUCUUUGUUUUGUUAAUUUUUGUGGUAGUCACUUUACUUUCGAAUUUUACAAAAACUACGCCGCCCACGCCAAAGAACUUGACAACGCCGUCCCCAAGGAGCCUGUGCUUUUUCUCAAACCGACGUCAUCUUACUUGGAAAACGGAGGCAGCAUCGAAAUCCCUCACCCUCUGGAGUCGUUGGACCAUGAGGUGGAGCUGGCUGUCAUCAUAUCCAAGAAAGCUUGCGAUGUUCCCCAGGCCAAGGCCAUGGAUUACGUUGGUGGUUAUGCACUUGCUCUUGAUAUGACUGCCAGAGAGAUUCAAGCUACUGCUAAGGAAAUGAUGGAAAAGAAUGGAAAUGCACUAAAAAGUUAACCUUAGAACAUUUUCUUACUCCGGCUAGGAGAAAGUGAGCUAGACAAGGAAGAAGGAGCGACCACCUGAACAAAUGAACUCCAAAUGAGCUGAAACUCUCCAGAUCCAUUCUAGACAUCCUCAGAAACAUUUCUUAUGAAGAGUGAAAGAGCCAGAUAGAUGUGGAAGACCUUCAAACAAUCAGUCCAAUUUUCUGUAGAAGUAAAACUGGAAAACUGGACCUGUAAGGAGUCCAGUAGCGUUUCCGGUCAAAUCACUACUCCAAAAGCUCUGAAAUUCUACCAGGAUGAUCUAUACUCAUAGAGGAACAUUUGAUAUGAAGAAAUCGGAGGCCCAUGAUAAAGUCUUGGUGGAGAAAUAAUUGAAGGAAUAAAAGGGCAGAAACUGACCUAAAACCAGCUGAG